AUGCUCCGCCUCCAGAAGUGCAUCCUCACCCGUCUCCUCUCUUCUCCCUCCAUCUCUCCCAUCUCCCCUCUCCACCGGCUCCUCUCCGCGGCCGCGGACUCGCCCGCCGUUUCCACAAGCCCUAGCUUCGCCGUCGAGGAGUACCUCGUCGACACCUGCGGCCUUACCCGAGCCCAGGCAUUCAAGGCAUCCGCGAAGCUAUCCCACCUCAAAUCCCCCUCCCAGCCGGACGCGGUCCUCGCCUUCCUCGCCGGCCUCGGCCUCGCCCCCGCCGACAUCGCCGCCGUUGUCGCCAAGGACCCCAAGUUCCUCUGUGUCGGCGUGGAGAGAACCCUGGGCCCCGUUGUCGGCGGGCUCACCGGCCUCGGCAUAUCGCGUUCUGAGAUCUCGCGCCUCGUUUCACUCGCCGGUGAAAGUUUCCGGUGCAGAUCCAUCGUCCCCAAGAUUCGGUACUAUCUGAGCCUCUUCGGAUCCUCCGAGAACCUCCUGAAGGCGCUCCAGCGAUGCUGCUACCUCGUCGGCAGUGACUUCAACAAGGUAGAGCCCAAUGUUGCAUUCUUGCCGGAGUGUGGGCUAAGUGUUUGCGACAUUGCCAAGCUGUGCAUCUGUAAGCCAAGGAUACUGACCUCCAAACAUGAGCACGUCCAGGCCAUGGUUGCAUGCGCUGAAGGUGUAGGUGCCCCCCGUGGAUCUCGGAUGUUCAGACACGCUCUGCGGGCUGUUGAACCCCUCAACAAUGAGAAGAUCGCCGCCAAAUCUGAGUAUCUGAAGACCACGUUCAGGUGGUCGGAUGCUGAGGUGAAAAUUGCUAUGUCUAAGGCUCCAACUUUGCUGACGAUUUCUAAGGACACACUACAGAGAAAAUCAGAAUUCCUUAGCUCCGAGGUGGGGUUGGAACCGCUGUACAUUGCUCAUCGGCCGGUAAUCCUCGGUCUUAGCCUGGAGGGACGGCUCAAGUCCCGGUACUAUGUUACCAAGUUUCUCAAGGAAAAUGGAUUGCUAGAUCGUGGCAAAGAUUACUACAAUAUAGUCUCGAUCAGCGAGAAGGUAUUCAUGGAUAAGUUCAUAAGCCGUCACAAGGAAGCUGCACCACACCUUGCUGAGGACUAUGCAACCACUUGCAGAGGGGAAGUGCCUGCUAGAUUCAGAUUUACAUGAACCAAGAGCAGACUUUGAAGAUUGGGAACUGUUCAGCCUAUGGCACAGUUAAAGUUGUUUACUGUUGGUAAUUCCUAGUUUCAUGUCCUUUGGCUGAUUGAACGAUAGGUUUCUGCUAUAGUAUGGUUGUUAUAGGUUGGCUUGGCGAUUUGAUUUCUGAACCCCAGUAUGUUGAUGUCAUCAUCCGCUAGAGAAGAAAUCAUAUCCGGCAGCAAUCUCUGAGAAGUCUGAAUAUUAGUUGUGUUCCUGACUUUGGUUUAAGAUAGACUUUUGAUGUGUGUGUGUGGACCAAUUAUCUGAAAAAUCCAGAGAACCAGAAAGCAAAAGAACUGCUCUGCAUCGUUUUUCAUGUCAAAUAUCAGUAUUAUUUUUGAAUGUAGUUUCAUUCAUUGUCA